UCGAUGAUUCAAGUCAUUAGGUAUUUAUAAGACGUGACAACCUGAUCACAAGUAUUCAUUUCUGCUCAUUUUAUCGGCACACAUCGUUAACAGUAACUUCAUCGUGUCUUUUUGGGCAUGAAUUUGUGAAGGCAACACAUCGACAAAUAACAAAAGCAAGAGAGAAACAAUUCUUAUCGGCGUUUUUCCAAUUCAAUCCAAGGAUAAGUGCAGUACGUCCGAAUCAAAGAAUUUUAUUGGAAGGUUUUCAUUUAGAAGUAUACCAAGCAGCAUUACAAAAAACAGUGAACUAUGUCUGUUAGUCACAGAGUUGUUCGUGCAUCCAAGUUUAGGAAUGUGUAUGGUACGGGCUGGAAGAGAGAUUUAUGCUAUGACAAUAUUAAAGUAUCUAAAUCAUCUUGGGAUGCCACUUUCUGUUCUGUAAACCCAAAAUUUAUUGCUGUAAUAACUGAAUCAGCUGGUGGGGGAGCAUUCAUUGUUUUGCCAAUUACCAAGGAGCAUGGGGGCAAAAUGAAAUCAGAUUGUCCUGCUGUGAGUGGGCAUAAAGGCCCAGUAUUGGAUAUUGCCUUUUCACCUCAUAAUGAAAACCUUAUCGCGUCUGGCAGUGAAGAUUGUUCGGCGAAGUUAUGGAACAUUCCAGAUGGUGGGCUUACAUCGACAAUGACAGAGCCGUUCCUUGCCCUGUUAUAUCAUCAGCGACGAGUCGGCCUUGUACUUUGGCAUCCAGCUGCCGAGAGCAUCCUUCUCACGGCUGGUUCCGAUAAUCUGGUAGUCAUUUGGAAUGCAGAUACUGGGGAACCUACAAUUGUUAUCGAUAGUCAUCCAGAUUUGGUUUAUUCAGCUUGUUGGAAUUGGAAUGGAUCAAAGUUGCUUACUACGUGUAAAGACAAGAAGAUCCGAAUCAUCAAUCCUCGCGCUGGAAUAGUAGAGGAGGAGGCUGUUUGUCAUGAAGGAUCCAAGGCUUCCCGUGCAAUUUUUCUGAGAAAUGGCCUUAUUUUUACAACAGGAUUUUCCAAAGUCUCUGAGAGGCAAUAUUCGCUUCGAGAAUCGGGUCACCUGAGUAACCCAAUGGUCCAAGCCGAAGUAGAUACUUCUAACGGCGUUAUGUUCCCUUUCUACGACUCGGAUACUAACAUUAUUUACUUGUGUGGCAAGGGCGAUUCAGUUAUUCGGUACUUUGAAGUGACACCGGAGCCCCCUUUCGUACAUUACAUCAACACGUUUCAAACACCGGAUCCGCAGCGAGGCAUUGGGAUGAUGCCUAAACGGGGCUGCGAUAUCCAUUCGUGCGAAAUAACUCGGUUCUAUCGGCUCAAUAGUUCGGGAUUGUGUCAAGUCAUCACAAUGACAGUCCCUCGGAAGUCAGAACUUUUCCAAGAAGACUUGUACCCGGAAACUAUAAGUCCUCUUUCAGCCCUUUCGUCAGACGAGUGGUUUUCCGGCAUGGAUAGCGAUCCUAUAAUGAUGUCCUUAAAAGAUCGCUGUAUCGUCGCCGGAAAUCGUUAUCGCGAUCAUUAUGAAUCGGAAUCUUCGCUUAACCUGGAGCUAGGCAACAUAGUGUCUCCAGUUGGUUUGCCCAAGCGGCUUUGUCGCACAACCAGCCUGAAUCACCACGCCGUGGCGAAAAGCCUUUCACUACCACUCAAUGCCAAGACUCCUACGAGAGAACAAGAAGCGCUGCUGGAGGAAAUAGCGCGUUUGAAAAAACGUUUGGCAGAACAAGAAGAACGAGUUCGAGUUCUCGAAUCGUUGAACCACGAAGAGCGUAUUCGUAAACUGGAAACUUUACUGCAAUUCAAAGAAAAGAAAUUUGAACAGGAUUCCCGUUCGGAAUCGUCAAAUUAUCAGGUAUCGUUGAAUAAUAACUCGGGGACGUGUUACAAUCGCAAUACGCACCUAGCAAGUACCCAAUCAAGCCCCACUGCGCUGUCAAUGCCCAUUACCGACGGUGACGAUAAUGGCGCUAAGGGUGACACGUUCACGACAGAGAUUCUUCCUCAUCUCCCGUUCGGUGAAUCCCUUUGUAAAUUGUCUAAUUUUCUAUCCACUCCUAUAUCGGCCAUGGGAUAUGAACUACCGUCGCCAAUGGCCACUGCUCACAGCUUGGCUUCAUUGCCGCCCGUUAAAGCGUUAGCUUCGUUUAGUAGAUGGGGUCCGAUCAAGUCGUUUUCUUCGUCCGUAAUGUCAUCACUUACUGCCAUGAGUCCAACAAAUUCGCCAUCGAAAAAUGCCCCAUCAUCCGAAUGAUCGUGAAUGGUGUUAGCAUUUAUCUUUAGUGCAACAUUUUUCUAAGUCUACAUAAAUUAUUUUAUAUUUAAUCAAUUAUUUCUUGC